AUGUCUUCAUACUCGUACUCUUCUUUGCCGGAGGGCAGUAUUCGCCUAAUCCGGCUUCUGCCACAUCAAGACAAGAAUUCCCCCAUCCAGUGCCAGCUCUUCGACUGCCCUCUCUUUGAGUCAGAAAGCACUUAUCCGUACGAGGCUUUAUCCUACGUAUGGGGCUCUGAGGAAAAGCCUCAGUCUAUCUCUAUGGAUAAUCAUAGCUUCCUAGUCGGCCAAAACCUUCACGCGGCGUUGUUGCAUCUUCGAAGUCGCUUUUUGGAGCGAAUCCUAUGGAUAGAUGCUGUUUGUAUCGACCAAGGAAACCUAGCUGAAAAGGGACUUCAAGUUCAGUCUAUGGCGAAGAUCUUCGCUAAAGCAAGUCGUGUAAUUGUAUGGCUUGGAGAGGCCGCUGCCGACAGUAAUCAAGCCCUUGAAGAUAUACGCGUUGCUGCAGCCAAGCAGUCUAGGACACCCUCAACCGACGAAGCGAACGCGUGGAGUAGAGCGUAUCGCGGCGGCAGAGGACUCGACCAGAAAGCGAUUCUCACGCUGCUUCAGCGGCCAUGGUUUGAACGUAUCUGGGUACUUCAAGAGGUUGCCGCAGCCCGGCAUAUACUGAUCAAGUGUGGCCACACGGAGAUUGACGGAUAUGCCUUCUGCUCAGGCCUGAGCGCAUUGAAACUAUCCUACGAAACUUGCCCAGACCGGCAAGCUCUGAUCUAUUCGGCAACCUACCUUAUAAGGGAUGCAGCGCUCCGGCCUAGAUGCGCGACUAGUCAUCACCUUGACAGGUUUUCACUCAACAUAUGCACCCUCGGUGAGCUGGUAGAUAUGUACCACACUCGCAAAGCCACCGAUCCCCGCGAUAAGGUCUACGCAUUACUCGGCAUGUGCUCCGAUAGUCCUGGGUUAGCAGGGUUAUCAGCCGACUAUGGCAUAUUAUGGAGAGAGCUCUUCCGGCGACUGGUUAACUUCCUCAUCUCUGAACAGAUGUCAGUGCACACCCGGGAUGAUACGGAGAUGGCGAUUAUUGAGGGCAAGGGCCUCAUUCUCGGCGAAGUAUUGUCAGCUAUGAGGGAUACCAACUGGGAAGACAGACAGAUUGUGGAAAUUGCCUGGGGGGAUCAUCCUUACUGUAUUGGCAUAGAAGAGACACCGGAGUCCAGCUGGACCUUCCAGGCCCCUGCAAAGUCUAUUCAAGGAGGAGAUCUCGUCUGCCUUCUACAAGGAGCGUCGCGGCCUACAAUCAUCCGGCUAUACAACGAUCAUUGGAUCGUUAUAAUGACUGCGGUGCCCCCGACAGACGAUCUACAUGGACCAACUAGAGAUACCAAAUGGACUGAACUUUUACAUUCGACAACAACCUUUCCGCAUGAUUUUCUGCUUGUGUGGGACUGGGAUAUGGACCCUAGCAAGUCACAAGACGGAGAAGAUCGCGAAUACUUCGUACACCGUCGACCUCAUGAAUGCUCCAAAACAGAGUUGGAGGAUAAUUUGAACAAAGCGAUCAGGUUGGGGAAAGUUGGAAUGGCGUUGCAAGGAGUCAACGGCCGCGAAAAGAGCCGGAAAUAUCUCCGAAAAGCAAUGAAGAUCUUUGAGGCUGCUUCGAGAGACAUGGUCAGCCGUUGGAGAAAUGUUGAUGGAAAGUUAAAAAGAAUGACAGACCUUCUUAUCAUGUACAAGGACGCAUGGGCGCCGUUAAUGGCGGCAGAGGCCUGGCACGAAGUUGUCGUUAAGCUGCUGCUUGAUGCUAUCAAGGUUGCCCUAGACGCUGAUCGAACGCGGCUGCUGUCUUGGGCGGCCGAAAAGGGGGUCGAGGUGCUUGUCAAGACACCGCUGUCUUGGGCGGCCGAGAAUGGGCACAGGGUAGUCGUCAAGCUGCUCCUUGAUACCUACAAUCUCGACCUAAAUGAUGAAUAUACAUUAGGAAAAAAAGCACUACUGUUCUGGGCGGCACAGAAUGGGCAUGAGGCAGUCGUUAAGCUGCUACUUGAUACUGGAAAGGCUGACUUAGAAGCUAAGAACUGGCAUGGCCAGACGCCGCUAAGCUUAGCAGCAAAGAAUGGGCACGAGGCAGUUGUUAAGCAGCUGGUUGAUACUGGAAAGAUUGACUUAGUUACUUUGGACCGGCGCAUGCAGACGCCACUAAGCUUAGCAGCAGAGAAUGGGCAUGAGGCAGUCGUUAAGCUGCUACUUGAUACUGGAAAGAUUGACUUAGAUGCCGAGAAGAACUGGGGUGGCCAGACGAUGCUAAGCUUAGCAGCAGAGAAUGGGCGUGAGGCAGUUGUCAAGCUACUACUCGAUACUGGGAAGGUCAACCCCAAUGUUCGGGAUAGGUCAGAUAGGAUGUCGCCGCUAUCGUGGGCAGCUAAAAACGGCCAUGAGGGGGUUGUUAAGCUGCUGCUUGAUACUGGAAAGGCUGACUUAGAAGCUAAGAACUGGCGUGGGCAGACGCCACUAAGCUUAGCAGCAAAGAAUGGGCACGAGGCAGUUGUUAAGCUGCUACUUGAUACUGGAAAGGCUGACUUAGAAGCUAAGAACUGGCAUGGCCAGACGCCGCUAAGCUUAGCAGUAGAGAAUGGGCACCAGGCAGUUGUUGAGCUGCUACGAAGUAAACGGCAACGUCUAUCAUAG